UGUAUAAUAUAAUAUAACAAAAAAAAAAAAAUUAAAUAACUAUGUACAUUUCAAAUUAAUUUGUUUGCAGGGAUUUGAAAUAUGAAUUCAAUGCAGGGGAAGAAGAUUAUCCCUGGAUUGAAUUAAAGAUGAAGGAUAUAUGGUCUUCAAAACAUAUAAAUGUAGAAACUGAAGUAUUUAAACUUACGUUUCUCAUGCAUAUGGAUGAAGACAUUAUGGAAGAAGACCAGACAGUGGUAGUCCACAAUUGGAUUACGAAACGCAUUAUGUUUCCGUUCAGCACCAUGGUGGAUGCCAAUUACCAUGAUGACAUUGCAAUUAGUUUGCUAAACGAUGUAAUAAAACAAUAUCAGAUAUGUACACAGUUAAAUCUGAUACAUACAUUCAAAGAAAGGUUUUAUAAAAAUGUCAAUGAUGCAUUUACUAAGCAUGGAGAAUUUGUAUUUAAUAACAUAAUUAAAUACGAAUUCCUCAAAGCACUCUUUAAAAUUGAUAAAAUAGUAUAAAGGAGUUUUAAUAUAAAUUAACUUCCGUGAGUAUUAUUAUUAUUAACUGUUUGAACAAAAAUAUAUUAUUUAAUCGCCUUUGUUCUACAGAUAUGAGUCCUCAGAAAACCUUCUGAUGGUUGAUGUCGGGGAUUAUUUUGUUAAAUUUUAUAUGGACCUCGUCAAUUACAGCAAUCCCGAUUUCUCAUUUAUGGAGAUUAUAGUGAUUGGUCUGCUCCUUAGCAAUCAAUUCGUAAAUGUAUAAAUAAUUAACACAUAUAACAAAUAUUAAUACAUAAUAUAUUAUUUUUUCAGUUCAAACAAUUGUACACCAAGUUUGUAACACUAUCAAAUUACUAAUCACUAAAUUAUGACACUAAAUUAAAUAAUCAACACUUAAAAAAUUCCAUAAAAACACUUAUAGACAAAAAAAUAAUAAAUACAAUAAC